CGUCAUACAGGUUGAUAAAUCGAGCGAUGAAUAAUCGCUCAUCAGUUAUUUCUCGGCCCAGCUGAGUGGAGCGACUCCGUCAUGUUUACACGGGUGGGACGUUUAAAUGAGAGGCGGUUGUGUUUUUGCACCCAAGUCCGAAUUUGAGACUAAAUUUGGCGUUGUUUUCUGAAGUGAACGUAAGAAAACAGGCGGCGAGUUUAAGUAGUAUGCUAGCCAGACGCGGCUAAUGUGAAGCUAACGGCUAACCAUUUGGGUUCGUACUGUUUUCAUACCGCAGUUCGUCUUGACAAUACUGACGCAUUUGUUCGGGUUAUAUGAUCAUCUAUAAUAAACCGUUUUCCAUAAGGGAAUAAAUGUUAACUCUGUUAAAUAAGCAUUGACAUAGGUAUGAUUGUCAUCACUCCACAGCGUGCCUUGCCACCUGACAGCUAACUGUUUGCUACCUGUAUACAUUACGCUGCUAGCCACGUAAACUGCUUGGUGUUGACGUUGCAGGAGCAGCUAGAAAGCCUGUCCUCUCCAGGAGCUAUUUACAUUUUAAGUGACACCCAGCAUUUAUAUUAACCCAGAAAUCAUCAGAUGAAAACAAAAUCGACCCAAAAUGCACUAGCUGGACUUGAACGGGUGGCCAACUGGUUUCCUGGAUCUGUUGCUUGGAUCGGAUGAUGAAGCGGGUCUUCUGGCUGCUUUCAGGCUUAAACAGAAGAAUGAUGAAGCUACUUUUUGCUCUCGCUUUGAUCGCGUACAUUGCCUCUGUUUGGGGAACAUAUACAAACAUGAGGUCGAUACAAGAAAAUGGAGAUGUGAAGAUUGAGCAGAAAAUUGAUGAAGCUGUGGCUCCUUUGAGAGAGAAGAUUCGUGACCUGGAACAGAGCUUUUCACAGAAAUAUCCACCGGUGAAAUUUCUCUCAGAAAAAGAUCGAAAAAGGAUUUUGAUCACAGGAGGGGCUGGGUUCGUGGGUUCCCAUCUGACUGACAAACUGAUGAUGGAUGGCCACGAGUUGACCGUGGUCGACAACUUCUUCACAGGGAGAAAACGAAAUGUGGAGCACUGGAUCGGUCAUGAAAAUUUUGAACUCAUCAAUCAUGAUGUGGUGGAGCCGCUUUACAUAGAGGUGGACCAGAUCUACCAUCUAGCAUCUCCAGCCUCCCCUCCUAACUACAUGUACAAUCCCAUCAAAACACUGAAGACGAACACAAUUGGUACUCUGAACAUGCUUGGGUUGGCAAAACGAGUGGGUGCAAGACUUCUGCUGGCCUCUACAUCUGAAGUUUAUGGAGAUCCAGAGGUGCAUCCCCAAAAUGAGGAGUACUGGGGCCAUGUGAACCCAAUUGGUCCUCGAGCCUGCUAUGACGAGGGGAAACGUGUAGCAGAGACCAUGUGCUACGCCUAUAUGAAGCAGGAAGGUGUGGAGGUGAGAGUGGCAAGAAUCUUCAACACGUUUGGUUCCAGGAUGCACAUGAAUGACGGACGAGUCGUCAGUAAUUUCAUCCUUCAGGCGCUACAAGGAGAACCUCUCACUGUGUACGGUACUGGAUCCCAAACUAGAGCCUUCCAAUAUGUAAGCGACCUGGUUAACGGCCUCGUGUUGCUGAUGAACAGCAACAUCAGCAGCCCAGUCAACUUGGGAAACCCAGAAGAGCACACCAUACUGGAGUUUGCCCAACUCAUCAAAAGUCUUGUUGUGAGCCGAAGUCAGAUCCAGUUUCUGUCGGAGGCCCAGGACGAUCCCCAGAGGAGGCGACCCGACAUCCGAAAAGCCAAGAUGAUGCUCGGCUGGGAACCCGUGGUGCCGCUGGAGGAAGGUUUGAACAAAACUAUUCAGUAUUUCAGCAGAGAACUAGAACACCAGGCCAACAACCAGUACAUCCCCAAACCUAAAGCUGCCCGCAUGAAGAAAGGAAGACCCAGACAUAACUGAGCAGCAGCGACCUGCUCUGCCGAACACUCCUCCACCGUCAGAGAGGAGCUUCUCUCUGAUGCACCCUGCUGAGUAGAGCACUUUUUGGAGCAGUGUCCCGUUUUGGGUCACGGAGGCGGCUUUCUCUAUCUUUAAAAGCGGAAGAUGCCUUGUGUCGGAGCGGCAGCUGAGAUUUGGUGAGGUCUCCCUCCCUGAAGCUUUCAAAACUGGUGGACAAGCCUGAAUCAAAGAGGCUACGUCCUGGAGCGGAGGAUUGGAAAUCCAGCCUACGUUUUGGGAGUAUAUCUUCGUGGAUUUUGUGCUGUUCUUGCUAUUUAAUACGCCGCCAUGAGAAUCCUGGCGAGCAGCUCAGACCUCACGCAAACAAAUUGCGUUUAUCAAUUUCACGGUGUGUCGUGUCUGGAGAGGAGCCGUCCGAGUUCGUUUCCCCACUGGACGCCUUGUUGCGUCAGUCUGCCAAACUUGUAGCGCACGGCAGGUUGUGGACAAAUUCUCCAGAUCAACAGUUUACGGCGCCAUAAUUGUUUUUAAAGAUAUUGUGUUUGUGAAAUUUUCAUGUCACAGUGUGCAUAUUGAUGUGAAGAUGCUAUUUUAAUAAAAUAUUUCCAAUGA